AUGAUUUAUAGAAGUUUAUCUUGCAUUACUUUUAUUAUCAGUGCUCUUACUUUUGUGGUAAAACAAGCUAACAGCCAACUUGUUGGUCAAGGCAUACCUUGCACAAAAGAAGGUGCUUCCAUUGACUUAGCUGACUUAACACGUGGUUUAGUCACGUCUCCUUGCUACCACUGCAUGUGUAAGAAUGGCAUAAUCAGAUGUAAAUUAGAAAAGUGUGAGUCGCUGAAGAAUUGUCCAACAGCUAUGGAUCGAACGAGCAGAAGUUGUUGCGUAAAAUGUUUGCACUGUGUUUAUUUAGGCAUCAAACGAAGUAAUAAUCAAAUUUGGGCAAGUACUCAAGACGCAUGUAUGCAAAUAUCGUGUAAGGCUGGUAUCAUAACAAGUUGGCGAAUUCAGUGCGUCUCAAAUUGUACAAAUGGGCGAUUCAUAGCAGGAUUUUGCUGCGAAUUGUGUUUAACACCCAUUGAAUCCAAGGAUCGGUGUAUUCGAUGUGACUUAGUCUUAAACCGGUGGUACCACUGCUAUAAAUUCACUUGUCCCGUAUUGAAUUGUCCAAAAUCUCAACAUGUAAAACAUUCUAAAAGAUGCUGCCCAGAAUGCAAAACUCACGCAAUAGUUUCAAAAUAUGUGAAUAUAACAGUUUCAGGAUGCAUUUUUCGUGAAUGGCACUAUCAGGUCUAUGAUACAUUUCGUGUAGAUCCAUGCACACGUUGUUCCUGCCAACCAGGAGGAAUCAUAUGUAGAAGAUUUGUCUGUCCCGUCAAGAAGUGUGAAUCGUCACGAAUUUUUUAUGAACCCAGCAUUUGUUGUCCAUUUUGUUAUCCAAAAGGAAUUCCAUGUAAAAAAAGGAAUAACAAAGGAGUUGAAUUUUUAGUUGAGGACGGGCAAAAGUGGUCAUCGGAUAACUGCACGGAAUGCUUUUGUGCUAAUGGACGAAUAAAAUGCAAAAAAGUAGAUUGCUUGUGGAAAGGCAAAUGUCCACGUGGAAGACGUUUAAAAAAAGUGAAUGGAUCGUGUUGUCAUGAAUGUGAGCUAAAAGAAAGCUCCUGCAUUGUAUUUGGUGAUCCACAUUAUAUUACAUUUGAUAAGUUUGGAUAUUCAUUUCAAGGUUUAUGUAGUUAUAUUCUAACUCAGGAAUGCUCGCUCAAUGGGAUUGAUCCACAAUUUACUGUAAUAGGCGUAAAUGAUGGUAAAGCAUUAUUGGCGUGGACAAAACGCAUAAUUGUUCAUAUUUCUCUGUUCAAUAGGACAUACUUUACUUUACAUUUGCUUCCAAAAAAGGUUAUUCGUGAGCGAACGAAAACAAUUAGCAUUCCAUAUGUUCGCUAUAGCGAUUGGCCAGAGUAUCGAGCUUACGAAGAUUCCUCUAAUGGACAUGUAAUUGUUUCCUUCAAGUUUCUUGGCCUGAAGAUCAUAUGGGACGGAGAAUCAUUUGCUGAGAUUAUUUUAUCUAAACGUCAUCAAUCCAAGGUUUGUGGUUUAUGUGGCAAUUUCAAUGAUGACCCAAACGAUGAGUUAAUUCCACGCUACGCAAGCUCAUUAAGUCAUUCCGUGUCGCACUUUGUCCGAUCAUGGGAAUAUGAUACCGCAUGCACACAACACCAUCGCAAAAAAAUCGAGAAUGAUAGAUACAGAAGAAGUGUUUUACUAACAAAUUGA